AUGGAUAUUCAAGAUUCCUAUUGGGGGAAAGCUGGGGUCCUUAGUAAAAUUAGAGAACAUGGGCCGUUGACAUUUAGGGAUGUGGCCAUCAAAUUCUCUCUGGAGGAGUGGCAAUGCCUGGACACUGCUCAGCAGGAUUUGUAUAGGAAAGUGAUGUUAGAGAACUACAGAAAACUGGUGUUCUUGGUUGUAUGUUCUCAUUUUGCCCAAGACCUUUGGCCAGGGCUGAGCAUUAAAGAUUCUUUUCAAAAAGUGAUACUGAGAGAAUGUGGAAAAUGUGGACAUAAGGAUUUACACUUAAGAAAAGGCUGUGAAAGUGUGAAUGAAUGUAAUGUGCCCAAAGAAGGUUAUAAUGAACUAAGCCAGUAUUUGACAACUACCCAGAGCAAAAGAUUUCAAUGUGAUAAAUAUAUGAAAGUUCAUAAAUUUUUAAAUUCAAACAGAAAUAUGAUCAGGUAUACUGGAAAGAGACCUUUCAAAUGUAAAAAAUGUGGCAAAUCAUUUUGCAUGCUUUUACACUUAAGUCAACAUAAAAAAAUUCAUAUUAGAGAGAAUUCUUACCAAUGUGAAGAAUGUGGCAAAGCCUUUAAAUGGUUCUCAACCCUUACUAGACACAGGAGAGUUCAUACUGGAGAGAAACCCUACAAAUAUGAGGAAUGUGGCAAAGCUUUUAAUCAGGACUCAAACCUUACUACACAUAAGAGAAUUCAUACUGGACAAAAACCCUACAAAUGUGAAGAAUGUGGCAAAGCUUUCUACCAAUUCUCAUACCUUACUAGGCAUAAGCUAAUUCAUACUGGAGAGAGACCCUACAAAUGUGAAGAAUGUGGCAAAGCUUUUAACCGAUCUUCAACCCUUACUAUACAUAAGAUAAUUCAUACUGGAGAAAAACUCUACAAAUGUGAAGAAUGUGGCAAAGCCUUUAGUGUAUUCUCAACACUUACUAAACAUAAAAUAAUUCAUACUGAAGAGAAACACUACAAAUGUGAAGAAUGUGGCAAAGCCUUCUACCGAUUCUCAUGCCUUACUAGGCAUAAGCUAAUUCAUACGGGAGAGUAACCCUACAAAUGUGAAGGACGUGGCAAAGCUUUUAACAAGUCUUCAACACUUACAAUACAUAAGAUAAUUCAUACUGGAGAAAAACUCUACAAAUGAGAAGAAUGUGGCAAAGCUUUUAAGCAUUCCCCACGCCCUACCACACAUAAGAGAAUUCAUACUGGACAGAAACCCUACAAAUGUGAAGAACGUUACAAAGCCUUUAGUAUAUUUUCAAUCCUUACUAAACAUAAGAGAAUUCAUACUGAAGAGAAACCUUACAAAUGUGAAGAAUGUGGCAA